AGAACCUUCUGAUGAUGACUUUAUGUUUGGUCAUGGCGUGGACUGGUUCAUCCGGUGGCCACGCCCCGUACGACAUCCUUACUAACACUAGUGAUAAAGGCUGGACAUAUACAGUUGAACAGGCUUUGAAAGAUUAUCCAGAUGAGUUGUCUGACGUGAAGAGCGUGACUGGCCAGUAUGCAGCAGUAAUCGACUUUGGGCUCUGGCAGUUGAGUGAUGACAGAAGGAUAAUUCUGUCCCAUCUUAUCAAGAAGGCCCACAAGCGAGGUUUGAUUUCAACCCUGAGCCAGCACCUGUUUAACCCCGUCACUGGUGGAAGUCCAUGGGUGGAAGACGACAACGGAACUGUCCUCCAUACCGUGAGGCGUCUCUUACCAGGAGGAGACUUCAAUUGGAAGUACCAGAAGAACCUUGACACGAUCGCCGAUAUUGCUCACAACCUGACAGACGACCAAGGAAAGCUUAUCCCUGUUCUCUUCAGACCUCUUCAUGAGCUUAAUGGAGACUGGUUUUAUUGGGGAUUGGGAAAUAAGGUUCAAAAUACAGAAGAUGAUCUGAAAUCAUUUUACCGAUACAUAGUUACGUAUCUACGUGAUCGAAAGAACGUUCACAACUUCCUGUAUGUCUUCAGCCCGGACAAGUUCAAGGAUAAAACAGAUUACCUCAAAGUGUACCCCGGUGAUGACUACGUUGAUGUUAUUGCCACCGAUUUCUACUACAAGACGCCACAAGAUAAGACAAGUGACUUUCACACAGCAGUCAAACACGUUGUGGAGAUAGCAGAGUCCAAGAAUAAGAUAGCUGCUGUGUCAGAGGCUGGGCUGUUUAACAAUGGCAUUGAUACAGAGACUAAUUUCUGGUUUGAUAAAAUCCUUUCUGCGAUAAAUGGUGACCCGAUUACUCGGCGUGUUGCAUACAUCCUCACAUGGGCUAAUCAAUGCAAUGACAAUCACUGUUCGGUGUGGGUUCCUUACAAAGGUCAUCCUGCUGAAAAUGACUUCAGAAGAUACUUCUUUAACGAUCCCAUGACCCUGUUUGGAAGUGAUAUCCCAAAUAUGUACAUCCCUUCUUAAGUUAUACAAGAUACCUACUAUGUACAAAGUAGACUGUUACGAACGGUAUUCCAUGAAUAAUUUCAAUUGUUUUAUGUAGCGAGUGUUCGAAAAGCAAUAAAAAAACGUAUUUUGAA